AUGGAAGGCGGCUUCACCGGGGGUGAGGAAUACCAGAGGAACUUCCUGCCAGGGGACUACCUGGCCACCUACUACAAAUUCGAUGGCGGCUCCUCACCAGAGUCAGAGAUGCUCAAGUUCAACAUGGAGUGUCUGCAUCAGACCUUUGGCCCUGGGGGCCUCCAAGGAGACACACUGAUCGACAUCGGCACGGGCCCGACCAUCUACCAAGUUCUCUCUGCCUGUGAGUCCUUCAGAGACAUCACUCUGUCUGACUUCACUGACCGCAACCGGGAGGAGCUGGACAAGUGGCUGAAGAAGAAGCCGGGGGCCUAUGACUGGACGCCGGCCCUGAAGCUCGCCUGCGAGCUGGAAGGGGACAGUGGCCGGUGGCAGGAGAAGGCAGAGAAGCUGCGUGCCGUGGUGAAGCGGGUGCUGAAGUGCGAUGCCAACCUGAGCAACCCCCUGGCACCCGUGACAUUGCCCCCGGCUGACUGCGUGCUCACCCUGCUGGCCAUGGAGUGCGCCUGCUGCAGCCUGGAUGCCUAUCGCGCCGCACUGUGCAACCUGGCCUCGCUGCUCAAGCCGGGUGGCCACCUGGUGACCACUGUCACGCUUGAGCUGUCGUCCUACAUGGUGGGCAAGCGCAAGUUCUCCUGCGUGUUCCUGAGGAAGGAGGAGGUGGAGCAGGCUGUGCUGGACGCUGGCUUUGACAUCGAGAGGCUCCUGCAUAGUGCCAGGAGCUACUCGGCCAGCACUGCUCCCAACAAGGGCCUGUGUUUCAUCGUGGCCCGCAAGAGGUCCGGGCCCUGAGGCCACCCCUGGCUGCCAGCUGGAACUGCUGGACCUCCUCCCUAGGGGCUGACAUCCUGGCCUUUGGCUCCAGAGCUCGCAGCAUAGCUGGCUUUAGACUCUCAGAUUGGAAUGUUCCCCCUGCUAACAAGCUGUGCUUAGAUGCCGUCUGACACUGGAUGGUCCGUUGCUCCCAUUGCAAAAGAUACAAAAUUUCUAGAAAGGGGCGUAUCAGAAAACCUUGCACAACUAGCUUUCCCCAAAGAAAGGCCCUGAUUUGCGCCGGUUGACCAUUUCUGAGGCAAGUCAACCAUGGUGAACUUUGAGCUGCUAGCGGUUUGACAACUGACUCCCAGAGCUCAGAAACAUGUUCCACUUGCCUUUCGCAACCCGAUGGGAGUCAGCUUGGCUGUAUUGCUGCCUCCAGGCCAGUGUUGACAGAUGUAAUGCAUGAAAACACAGAGUGGCCCGUUAACUGACGUGUAAGUCAACAGCAUUAAAAGUUUUAGGAUUCGUGUGCCCUCCAAAUUGCAUGGAAUAUGCUUACCCUAUGUCAAUAUUUGCUGUUGGUGUGAAAUGCAAAUCUGACAGGUGUCCUGUGCAAAGGCACCUCAAAAAGUUCAUGGAUAACAGGAAUGAUUUUUAAAAAGAUUUUAUUUAUUUAUUUUUAUUAGAAAGGCAGAUUUACACAAAGAAGGAGAGACAGAGAAAGAUUUUGUGUCCACUAGUUCACUCCCCAAGUGGCCUCAAUGGCCCGGGCAGAGCUGAACUGAAGCCAGGAGCCAGGAGCUUCCGCUGGAUCUCCCUCAUGGGUACAAGGUUUCGGCCUUCCUCUACUGUUUUCCUUGGCCAUAAACAGGGAGCUGGAUGGGAAGUGGGACAGCUAGGACAGGAAUUGGCGCCCAUGUGGGACUCCGGUGCAUACAAGGUGAGGACUUUACCCACUAGGCUACCGCACCAGGCUCAAGGAAUGAGGUUUAUUUCAGUGUAAGAACAUGAGAUUUGUGUAUUGAAGCAGUCUUCACAAAUCUCAUGAGAAGUGUCAGUUAUGAAAAAAAAUCUAAGCCUGGAUUUAACACUGCUUGGCAUCAUAAUAAAGACUUCUAAUUCAGUUUGG